CAUAUUUCUGCCUAGUGCUUCUUUGCUUCCUCGAGAGAGAGCGAAGAGGGAAAGCUCCCAACUAUUUGCCCAUGGCUGCUUCGAUCUCUGCCCUCCUCUUCACUGCCCAACAAUUCUCAUAGACCCUCCUCCCUCACCCAUUUAACCUUACUCAACUGGGGUUGCUUGUCUGGAGGGGGAUAUAGAUUUCCUGGGGAAGGCUGUGUUGGGGGGUUUAUAAUGCUGGUCUGUUGAUGUGGGAUUUCAUGGGUUGAGCUACUUGAAAUGAAUACAAUGGGGAGCCUUAGUGAAGAUGAAUUCGGGUUUUUCGAUGCCCGGGAGGAUGUUGCAUCAGUGUCUGAUGCGAGUGGUGAGAGUAGUGAGGUGUUGGAUGCGAGUUCAAGUGCUGUGAGUUGGGUGAGGGAUAGUUUUCCUUACGAUGUGUGGGUGAGGAGCCCCGGGAGUGUGAAGGAGCGUCGUGUUAGGUUUCUGGAUUGGAUGGAAGUUAGUGCAGGUCAAAUUGUGAGGGAGAAUUUGGUGGAAGUGUGUAGUGAUGUGUCGGGGGAGAUAGGUAGAGUUAGAGAGAGUAGUGGGGCUGUGUUGAGAUCCUUAUCUUUUGAAGGUGAGUUUUCUUCAAGUCGGUCUUCAAUGUCAUUCUGGGCUAAUGAAUUCAGGGAUGGGAAUUUGAGUGGGAGAAUGGAGUUUAAUGGAGAUGAAGUAGGGCAGGAUGGGAGGAUCAGUGGAGGUCGAGAAGUUACUGAAGAGUCUGAGCGUGCUUCAUUCUCAUCGUCUUCUUUGUCUCAUCAACUGAGUGAAAGGCGAACUGAAGAGAUUAGUGGUAAGGAGACGGUACUGAGGAGAGUUAAGAAGAAGUGGUUGAGUAGAUUGCGGUCCAUGGCAUGCCUUGAUGAGAAGCCAGGGGUUGCUGACAGGUCGCCGGAGAAUGAUGAUGAUAUAAUUAUGGGGAUAAGAUCUCACAGAAUGAAGGUUCGUCAUUCCAGGAAGCGGUUGAAAGAACUCUCAGCUCUUUACAUGGGGCAGGAUAUCCAGGCCCAUGAGGGUUCAAUUUCUGCCAUGAAAUUUAGUCCUGAUGGACAGUACCUAGCAAGUGCUGGUGAAGAUGGGAUUGUGCGAGUCUGGCAAGUGGUAGAGAAUCAGAGGUGCAAUGAACUUGACAUCCCCGAGAUUGAUCCGUCCUGCAUAUACUUCACCGUAAAUCAUCUCUCAGAACUGAAUCCACUAUUUGAGGAUAAAGAGAAAGUGAGUAAAGCACGUAGCAUGAGGAAAACAUCAGAUUCAGCAUGUAUUAUCUUUCCCCCUAAACUCUUUCGGAUAGUUGAUAAACCAUUGCAUGAGUUUCAUGGGCAUGCUGGUGAAAUUUUGGCACUCUCCUGGUCUAGGAACAAUUAUCUACUGUCGUCUUCUGUUGACAAAACUGUUCGUCUAUGGCAAGUGGGAUGCACUGAUUGCCUUAAAGUCUUUGCACAUAGUAAUUAUGUGACCUGUGUUGAAUUCAAUCCUGUGGAUGAAAAUUACUUCAUCAGUGGUUCAAUAGAUGGCAAAGUUCGCAUUUGGGGAAUUCCUUGCUGUCAAGUAGUUGAUUAUAGUGAUGUACGAGAUAUAGUUUCUGCGGUGUGCUAUCGCCCUGAUGGGCAGGGAGCUAUUGUAGGGUCGAUGACGGGCAUAUGUACCUUUUAUAAUAUAUCAGAUAAUCAUCUGCAAAUGGAUGCUGAAAUAUGUUUGUACAGUAAAAAGAAGGCUCCCUGCAAAAAGAUAACAGGCUUUGAGUUUUUCCCACAAGAUCCUAGCAAGGUAAUGGUCACUUGCGCCGAUUCACAAGUGAGGAUCCUUCAUGGUCUGAAUGUGGUUGGAAAAUACAAGGGAUUACGGAAUGCAGCUAACCUGCGAUCUGCGACUUUUACUUCAGAUGGGAAACAUAUAAUAUCAGCAAGUGAGGAUUCUAAUGUAUAUAUAUGGAACUGCAGUGAUCAGGAGAAAGGUUUUCUCUCUCAAGUAAAAAAGACUAAAUCAUGUGAGCGGUUCACCAUGGAUGCUUCAGUAGCAAUACCGUGGUCUGGUUUGAAAUGUGAGGCCUUACAAAAUGAAGGGAAGUUUGGUGUUGUGGAAAAUAAUUGUCCAGAAACUCUUCCUUUUUCUUCACCUGCCUGCUUUUCUCUGAGCCAAGAAUCUUUCCUCGAGUCUAUUCCUAAAGGAUCUGCGACUUGGCCUGAGGAGAAGCUUCCUACAUCAAGCCCCCUGACAAAGUCAUCCACAAUGCACAGAUCCGAGUACAAGUUUUUCAGAACUUCAUGCCAGAGCACAUCAAGUUCCCAUGCAUGGGGUCUGGUUAUUGUGACUGCUGGUUGGGAUGGAAGGAUCAAAUCAUUCCACAAUUAUGGGUUGCCGGUACCAAUUUGAUACAAAAGUUGCUCUACCAUGGUUUCAAAGAAUUGUUUCCUAUCCCAUUUGCAGGACAGGAUUGACAUUGCGCUCAUCAUCCCAGUACAAUGAUCAUAUUUAAUGGAUUGAUGAGCAUCAAUUGCCACUGGAGGUCCAGGUUGACUACUCUAGCAGGCAUGUGCACAAUAGUUGGACUUGAGUAUUUGCUUCUUCAAUGGGUCCCUACUCAGAUUUCAGAGGUGACUGCGACUGAUUUAUGUCCUGACAAGUGGCAGUGAUUCGAUGGUUGCAAGAUAAUCCGUUUCGGAAUGAGCAAGUGGCUUAAUAGAGGCUCCGUGGGAUGUUUUUGGCUUGCCGGUUUGCUGUGGAAGCCAUUUGCUAGGAGAGUUCAUCUAGAGAUAUCAUCCCUGUAUAAUGCAGGUGCUCUGUGGGCCUUGUAGAACUUCUUUUGUUCUCUGAGAUUUGAUAGGGGAAUCACGAGCUGGUGGCUGGAA